GGGCGGAAGAGGAGCCGGCGGAUGGCGGCGGGGCCGGUGAGGGGAUGGAGGGCGGCGAGCCGGGCGGCGGGGGGCUCCUGCAGCAGAUCCUCAGCCUCCGCCUGGUGCCCCGCGUGGGCAACGGCACCACCACCUACUCCAGCCCGCUCUCCACCUUCCCAGAGAUGUGGUAUGGCGUCUUCCUGUGGGCCCUGGUCUCCUCCCUCUCCUUCCACGUCCCGGCCGCUUUGCUAGCGCUCUUCACGCUCAGGCAUCACAAGUACGGCAGGUUCAUGUCUGUGAGCCUCCUGCUGAUGGGCAUCGUGGGACCCAUUACCGCCGGCAUCCUAACGAGUGCUGCCAUUGCUGGAGUUUACAGAGCUGCGGGGAAAAAAAUGAUUCCUUUUGAAGCCCUCAUUUUAGGAGUGGGUCAGACAUUCUGCGUGGUGGUGGUUUCGUUUCUACGCAUUUUAGCCACUCUCUAGCUCUUCCCCAGGCGCUGGAGAUCACAGAUCAAUGGAAGAGCGAAGGAUCUGCUGCCUGCACCGUCUCUGAAGCAAAUCACGAGGAAGAGAAACUCAAGGCUUGCCUCGGCAUGUGCUUUCUCCACUGGUUAAAAGCUAUGUGAAGGCCUGCUCCUGCCUCCAGGGUGGCUUGAAAUUAAGCUAAAAAUUGUGAAUUUUGUUACUUUUUGGUAACAUUAAGUGCCAAGUGAAACUUUAUUUCCCUGGAGGAUAAGAAAAGUGCUUCCGGAGGAGGAGGCCCACCUACCUUUUACCAGUGAUGAAUUGUAGCAACAGGAUGCAACAAAAAUAAUGUGACACCGGCUGUUCUGGGGUAGAAACAGUACUACAGAGUGAUGUGAUGUCUUCAGAGCUCACUUAACGCUUUGGCCUCUUGCUGCUUUGUUUGCAGUGAACCUGAAGCUCUUUUAAUGUGAAUUUUUUUAAAUGACAAACUUAAUUUGUUUUCUUCUUGGCCCCAACUUUCUAAUACCAAGUCUUGGUCAUGGUGAAUUUGGGAGCAGCAAAAGGAAAAAUCUUUUUAGAUGGAUAAAACUGCAAAUUUGUGGCCAAGAGCUGUGACUAUGAAUGCUGCGGCAGGGGAAAUGACCGGUGUAAAAAAGAUCGCUAUUUUUAUGAAUUUUAUUAUGGUGAAGCUCCUCAGGCACUGUGUACCUUCUGCCCGAGAGGCAAAGCCCCGCUAGAAAUCCCAGGGCGUGUAUGUGAGCGUGCACUGCUGCUUCUCAGGCUCUGAAGGAGACUCGUAUUUUUAAACUUCUCCAUUCUCCUUUUACUUGCUGAACAUGUUUACAUUGGCGUGGCGGAACUGGGUGUCUUUGCUGAUAUGUAAACAUCACCGACCGGCUUAUAUAAAAUCCGGCGCGCUGUUGCUUCGGUGACUGCGCUGGUGAGAACUGCACGGCUGUGCUGGGUCGUCGUGACUUGGGGCUUCCUGGGUACGGGGAGUGCGAGGUGUUUUCGGUGUCCAGCCCGCAGCGUGGCAGGUGGGAUGCCCGCGAGGGUCCCCGGAAGAGCCCGGGCGAUUCCCGGGUCCAUCAGGGAUGAGCUGUGUGAUCGUAGCCCCAAACCAACCCUUACUGGCAGGUGGUAAGGUCUCUAAUUAGUUGGUUUAGUUGGUUUUAAGUGACUUUUAACUCUCAUAUCCUCUCUCUCUUGUCAGAGGCAUGCCACACGGCUGGGGUUCUGGGGUAGCUGGCUGGGUGCUUUCUGGGGGCUUGGUUUUUUGGGGUCCUUGGGGAAGCUGAGGUUAAAUCCCAAGGCUGUGGCCGGGUGGUGUAGCCAGCCCCAUGGCUUUGCUGUGCUCCUUGUUUGUUUAUCGCCAGCUGACAGGCGUGUGGGCUGCGGAGGGAAGGCGCCGUCUGUCUCCAGCCUCCCAGGACACCCAUCCUGUUUGUGUUUUUGCUGAACUCCUUUGGUUUCCAAACCAGGUCGCCUUUUUUACCUGCAGCAUUUCAUAAGGCCAGUUAUCUUCCAUGAACCCCAUCUCCUCUGUGCUGAAACAACCCUCAACAGGGCCCUGUGUUGAUCAUGAAAAAGAAUUUCUCUCUGCGUACUAACUUCUCCGGAGCAGCCUGUUGACAGCUGAUGGAGAGAGGUGUUUUUCAGGAGCUACUUACUGAGAUCACUCUAAAUUUUAGCCCAUGUUAAUUCAGGGAAUAAAGCUGUGCGUUUUAGGAAAGACUUCAAUGUGAAUCCUUCUCCUUAGAUGGGUGAGGUCCAAGCGGUGUAACGUAUACUAAACCCUGGAUCUUCGGAGUGCCCUGUGUGCUGUGCCGCUUGUAGAGAGCCAGUCUUCCUACCGCUGCAUCCCCCGGGGGAAGGUUGGGCCUCUCCUUCCCUCGUCGCUUCUGCAGGAAUAACGAUCUCUCUAGAUGUCUUUUCCCCCUUCCCACUUCUUAUUUCAAAUGGCUGCAUCCGCAGUGCGUGUCCGGUGUGCCUGGUUUAAUUCACAUGAAUUACCCUGCAUUUUCCUGGAUGGAUUAAAAGUCCCUCAAGGGACUUAGACUGGGCAGGUCUGGCUUUGCCUUUCAGGUGACGCUAGAGACCAGUGUCCUGAGCACCUGCCGCGCUCCCCUUUCCCCCCGCCCCGGUGCCUGGCAUCCCUCAGUAGCAAGGACUAAGCAGAUUGCAACAGGGAAAGCGCGUCAUCGGUGUGCCACGGCGCGAGGACGCUUCCUAUGCAGUAAAGGGGCUGAGGCGUGCAUGUUAAAAGCUCAGAAAAAAGGAAAAGAACCCAAAACCUUGCUUGAUAAAAUUAUUCGGUGCUGCGUAAACCGAGAACUUCCUGUUUUCUACCCAAGUCUGUUUUGAGCGGGGGAUCUGCUUUACUUGAAGAGUUGGCAGCUUGGCCACUGUUUGGAAGUUGAGUGGUUGGAGCCGGUGGCACCUCUCUGAGCCCAGACACCAUGAAAUUUUCAGGGAAUUCUUGCAUAAAAGGUGAACAGUCAGCUGCUGACUUGUCUUGGUAGGUGUUAGUGCUGGGGGAAAAGUUCUUCGUGUCGCCUCAGAGCAUCCUCGGCUCCCUUGGCUGCCUUCCCAACCUCCCUCUCCAGUAAAAGCAGGCCCAAAUAGGGAGGGGGACUAGUUCUGAGUUGAUGCACCAGAUCCUGGUAGUUUUGUCCCCUUUCAUCGCAUCGGUUCGGUCUUCCCUUUGUGUUCCUUAUCCAGAGGCGAGCGGAGGAAUUCCUUCGGUUUCCAGCGGGUGUUGGUAGACUUCGCUCACUCAAACUUGCCAAAAACUGCAAAGACCUUGCAAAAAAUGUCAAUGCCGAUGUGUCCCGGGCCGGGCAGUGCUGUGAAUCCCUGGCCAGGGAACCCAGCCAGGAGCGUUGGGCAAGGAAACACCUCGCAGAGAAGUCUCCUGCCCCGGAGAAAUGUCACUGCUCGAGCCGAGACUCAUGGCCCUGCUCUCUGUGUGCGAACGUCCUCUGUGCUGGUCUGAUUUAGGUACCGCCCGACUUCCCAUCUCACUAACGACUGCAGCUGUCGUGAACAAAUGUUUGUAUGAUAGAAAACUCUGUAAAUUUUAUUUUUCUACUGACACUUCUAAUCCUAGUGGUGAUUAUCAGUAAAUUCUGUAAAGAUCGAGGUGAA